AUGCCUACUACUUCAAGACUCGAAGACUACGAAGUUCUGUACACCAUUGGGACCGGCUCUUAUGGAACCUGCAAGAAAGUUCGCCGGAAGACCGAUGGCAAGGUCCUGGUGUGGAAGGAAAUGGACUAUGGCACCAUGUCGGAGGCGGAGAAGUCCAUGCUGGUGUCGGAGGUGAACCUGCUGCGUGAGCUGAAGCACCAGCACAUCGUACGGUACUACGACCGCAUCAUCGACCGCAGCAACACCACCAUCUACAUCGUCAUGGAGUACUGUGAGGGCGGCGACCUGGCCAGCCUCAUCUCCAGGUGUCGCAGGGAAAGACGAUAUUUAGAGGAGGACCUGAUCUGGAAGCUGUUCUUCCAAAUCUGCCUGGCGCUGAAGGAAUGUCACAACCGACGUGACGGAAAGACAUUCCUGCAUCGUGACCUGAAACCUGCCAACGUCUUCCUGGAUGCUAACAAGGAUGUGAAGCUGGGAGACUUUGGGCUGGCCAGGGUUCUGGCUCAUGAUACCAGCUUUGCGAAAACAUUUGUUGGGACACCAUACUACAUGUCUCCGGAACAAAUGAACAACAUGUCGUACAACGAGAAGUCAGACAUCUGGUCACUAGGGUGCCUCAUCUACGAACUCUGCUCCUUGUCGCCACCCUUCCUGGCAGCCAACCAGAAGCAGCUGGCUGUGCGUGUGCGGGAGGGGAAGUACCGCCGAGUUCCGUACCAGUACUCAGACGAGCUGAACUCCGUCAUCGGCUCCAUGCUCAACAUCACGGAUGACUGUAGGCCAGACAUAGAGACAUUGCUCCUGAGACCACAGCUGGCCUCUCGGCUGAGGGAGUACAAUGCCAAGAAUGAGAAGACAGAAGCUCCACGCCGCAGGUCACGUGAAGACACGGAAGGUCGCAGGAGAUCACGAGAGAGGGAGGACCUGUUAAAGCAGAGGGAGGACGCUCUCAUGGCAAAGGAGCGUUCCUUGGAGGACAAGGAGAAGGAGGUGGAGGCCCGAGAGAAAAACCUAGCAGUAAGGGAAAAGAUUGUGGAAGACAAGUUAGCAAGGGCUGAGUCACUGAUGAAGCAGUACACUGAGCUGGCUGUUGCCAAGGCCAACCGGGCACUGGCUGAUUUUGACAUCAAUGCUGACGACACAUGCACAGAGAAAUCCCUGUCUAAGAAGAAGGUGCAUUUCUCUGUUCUCCCUGGGAAGGAGAAUGAGCGUGGCGAUGAUGACCUGGGAUCAAGCUUCAUCUCCCAGUACAAUGGCUACAAGGCAGGCGGGAACAAGGCUGAGCUGAAGGCACGACUGGACAGGGCCAGGAUACGGGGUGUGGCACUGAAGCAUGUGGAGGCUAAUGCCACCUUCAAGAGUAGACAGCUACUGGGCAUGAGAUAGACUUGGAAAAUGUUAAGUGUUAGAGAAAAACACAAUCAUUACUAGGCACGAGAAAGUCUUGGUAUGAGAUAAGACUUGAGGAAGUUGAGAAAAAGGAACUUAAUAUCUGUACUACUGACAGAGAUCCCUAAAGUGUUUAUCAGCUUAGAGUUAGCAAUACAGUAUUACUGUAGAGUUGUCCGUUUGGGAUUGCUUCUCAAAAACCACACUUGGUGGUUGCUAUACAUGCAAGUGACUUGAUUGCAAUAUGAUUUCUCUAUUGUGAAUCACCUCUUGUCAACAGUGCUAUGUACAUAGUCUCUAUUGCCUGAACAAAUCACUGUAAAUACUCUGUAAAAAAAAAUCUGAGCCCAUGAUUGAAGAAAACUAUCACGUAUGCAGUGUUUACAUUUUUAUUGUGUUAUGUUGUGUGAACAUAGACUAUGUUUAGUCUUACAAAUAAAUCUAUUUGUAAAGAAACGGUUGAACUGUUGUGUUC